AUGAGCGAGUUUGGGAAAUGCGUCCAGGGUCCUGGGAUCGAGCCCCACAUCGGGCUCCCCGCUCGGCGGGAAGUCUGCUCCUCCCUCUCCCACUCCCCCUGCUUGUGUUCCCUCUCUCGCUGUGUCUCUCUCUGUCAAAUAAAUAAAAUCUUUAAAAAAAAAAAAAAAAAAGAAAGAAAUAUUUUGGAGGAUAUUGGUUGUAAAGCAGUGCUGUACAUUUUUAGGGUGACAUGGGGUGCUUGUAUUUGCACUUCUUCGCUACCGAGUACAUCUCAGGCCAUUAUUAUCAGUCCCGCUCAUUCCAAGUGGGCAUGGCUCAAGCCCAGAUUCUUCACACACAUUCUGCCCUUGUUGAUUUAUUCCUGGAUAAGCAGUGUGCUAAUGAACGCGUGCGUGAUCAUAAGUACUCCUGCCACCCACAGUUCCACUGAAGCUGGACUCGUGUAUUGUCUGAUGUUCUGUAAAACAAGACGGUUCACAUACCAUUCAGUGUUGUUUCAAAGUGUCAUGUUUAUGCUAGAUUUCUUCUUUUUGCUCUUCAUGAUUUGGGCCAGUUUCCACAUGGUGAUUGUCCUAUUCAGGCAUCACAAGACACCCACGCAUAUCCACAGUCCCAGCCUCUCUCCACAGUCUUUUCCCGAGACAAAAGCCACCCAUACUAUCCUCUUGCCAGUGAGCUGCUUUGUUUUCUUCUGUGGGACUAACUUGGGUCUUUCCAUUCAUAUGAACUCUAUAUAUGAGAAAAACCUGAUGCUGGCGAUCCAGCACUAGUUUUCUUUCAU